GUAGCGGUUUUUCGGAACGUGCCCAUUAUUCUUUGCUAUCAAAAAUAUUUAUUAAAUAAAUUACAUUAUGUUUAGUUAGUAAAAAGAGAUGAGUUAGCACAGUGUUAAAUGCGUGAGUUUAAUGAUGCAUGAAGAUGUGAAGCACAGUUUAUGAAAUAUAAGUCAAAUUUCAUAUGAAAAUCGUAAUAAACGGUAAUCAAUUUGAUCUGUUUUUAAUCAGGCCAAUGCAGUGCCAUUAGGGCUACUUUCCGAAACAAGCUGGCAGCGCUAAGAACUCCCUAGGACAGAGGCAGAGCUAGCCGCAAACUCGGCGGCGUAAGAGAGAUAAAAAAUUGCUGACAGCACUAUAAGCGAAUUCCAGGCAUUCACGUGGCUUGACGUCGCGGAUUUCAAUUCGAGGAUUCGAUAGGAUUCCGUAAUCGACGUCGACAGCCUUGUCUUUAUCCUUCAAUUCUCGACUCGCGGCGCAUAGCCCGCCAAAAACACCGGGAAACAAACAUGGCUCCACGGAAAAACGCAAAACGUGUCGAAGAUGAACCCUUGGAAACGGCAGCUCGGGGCGGCGACGUUAGUCCAACAAAGAAAAAGAAAACAGCCGUACAAAAAUCGGUAAUUACAGACGAGCCGAGAGAAGUGAGGCUUCCGAGGGCUGCCAAAAAUAAAAAACCAGAGUCGGUUGAGGAAGUGCCAGCGCCCGUUAAGAAGCCGGUCAAACCGAAGGCUGCCAAAAAGGCAAAUGACGUCGAAGAAGACUUGAACGAGAAUCGAGUCAAGGCAAUGACGAAAAAAACGCAAAACGACAUGGAAGAACCUAAUGUAAAACCUCAUUCCAAAGGAAGAUCUAAGAAAAAUGUCAAGGAUCAACGACCAGCUAAAGCAGAAUCUGCUGAUAAUGAUAAGAAGGUGGCAUCUAAAAAUAAGGGCGGUGCAAAAAAAACUGAGGCAAUGAAAUCAAAGGAAGUCAAGCCUAAAGGGCGCACAGCUGAGAAAUUUGCAGAAAAAGAGGAGGCAGUUAUUGAGGGCGAACCAAAAGUUGUCAAAGCUCGAGGAAAAAAUGCAGUUAAAGUUGAUCAGUCAAAAGAAGAAGAAGAAGAAGAAGAAGACGAAGAAGAAGUGGUACAAACACGUAGAGGACAGAAAAAGUUGGCGGAUGUCGCUAUAAGUGCGAAGGCAGCAAGCAGAGGCAGCCGUGCAAAAAAGGCUGCAGCUAGUAAGGUAACAGAAGAACCGGAAGAAGCAGAGAUUGAGCAAGCAGAUAAAGCCGAAAAUUUAGCUAAUGCUCAGGGAGAAAUUUUUGAAUCUCAAUCAGACUCUGAAGAAAAUGAAGUUACAGACGCGUUGCAAGAAAAUGGAAAUACCGAACAUGGUGAACAUGAAUCAGAGGAACCAAAGGCAACUAAAAAGGGAAAAGGAAGACAGCCUGUAAAGAAGGGGAAAGUUGUGUUCAAGACUAAAUCCUUUGACACCGAAUCCACUGAUGAUGAUGCUAUUAAUUCACCAGUUGUGGAUCAGGCUGAGGGUCAUUGAUGUGUAUCAAGUUGGGAUCCAAAAAGCGAGUUUUUGCACUGAUAAAACAACGAAUUACCUGCUAACCCAAUUACUAAAUUUAAAUAUUAAAUAUUAGUUACCCUUAUACAUUAUCUUAAUCUUUAAGGCUAGGCAAGGUUCUUUAUUACUCGCGAAGUCACUUGUCCACAUUUUUUUCGUUUACUGUGUCUUUUAAAAAUAAUUCGAUUUUUAGAUACUAUUCAAUAAUUCCAAUGAAGGAAAUGUACAGCUGAGCUGUAACAAAUUGAAGAAAAAAAAUAAAAUAACGACAUUCCGUGUAUAAAAUUAUUUGUAACUGCAACAUUGGAUGAAAAGAUGAAUACGUGACUCAAAAUUACGUUGUUGUUUCUAAUAUCUGUACAAGUAAUUACCAUUAUUUUUAUUAUCAAGUUACUCGACAAUGUUUCGGGUAAACUGAUUGUCUGUGCUUUUGUAUAUAAAUAACUAAGUCAAUGAUAUGUCAUAGUAUAACCUCUUACUUUUACUUUCACUUCUCAAAAACUACUGUUUUUGACUUUAACUGUAUAUCCUAAAAUUAAAAUGAGUAGGUAUCAAAAUGGCACUGAAUGCUGUAUAGAGUAGCUGUACGUCUGUCUGUGUGUUAAAACUAGCUAAUCCUGUCAAUUAAUAAUUGUAAGCUUGGAUACUAUAAUAACAACAUUAGCUAUUGUUGUCAAUUAACUACGCUGCCUUAAAGGUUUAUCAAACCAAAUCUGUUAUUGUUUGCGGUGUAAAUAGUCUAGAACAACGGAUAUGACUUGUCAACUCAUAGUGAUACCUAGUAAGACAUAUGUAUAACAGGAAAACCAUGUGUCAAUACGUUACGUCACUGAUUGCAUUUAUUUUUUUAAAUAAAUUGUUAUAAAAUUAA